UAGCACGACUGCGAGAGAGUUGCAGUCUUUUUCCAACUUUUGUCUGAAAAACAAAAGAAAUUUCGUGGUUUUAAGAUGCAGACAAAAAACUUGAUUCUUCGUCUUGUAUGUUUAAUUUAUCUGAUUGCGUUCUGCAACUUUUUAAAGCAAAAUUCGGGUCUUUUUGGUGACGAUGGAAUUCUACCGGCGCGUUUAUUGUUGGAAGGCAAGUCGCAUCCCCUGAAUUUCUUCAAUCAUCCGACACUCCAGCACUUUUCGAGUUUCUUGGGCGGUGAUGUGACCUGUACCUUGGACUUUAUCGCGAUAAUUGGCUCGAUGAUCGCUCUUGCGGGCUUUGUUUCGCAAAAAUUCUGCAUUUUUCCGACAUUUGUCGUCCUUUGGAUCCUGUAUUUCUCGUUGGUGCAAGUGACGCAAGUGUUCAUCCAUCAAAGUGAUUUGUUGUUGUUGGAAGCCGGCUUCUAUUGUCUCAUGUUGACGCCGUUUUUCACGGGUGGCAAGAAGAGUCUCGUCGACGGAAUUGGUCUUUUGAUGAUUCGUUACCUGCUUUUCCGCUUUAUGUUCGCAUCGGGCGCCGUAAAACUAGCCAGUGGAUGCCCGUUUUGGUGGGAUUUGACCGGAUUACGACAACAUUUUGAGACUUUGCCACUUCCGACGUUCCUCAGUUGGUACGCGUACUACAUGUCCGACGCUUAUUCGAAGCUCAGCACGGUUUUCGUGUAUUUGAGUGAACUCGUAUGUCCCUGGCUGUACUUUGUACCGAACCGGACAGUGCGGAAAUUCGCAUUUUAUUGGCAAAUCUUCCUGCAAUUCCACAUAAUUGUGACCGGCAACUAUGGAUUCUUGAAUUUCCUCGUGACGGCGUUGCUGUUCUCGCUGCUAGACUCGGAUGACUUGAGCAACGUGAAGGGAAAACAGAAGAAACGCGAUUCGCUUGGUUUGGUGUGCACCGGAAUGGUUCUGGCGUUUAUUUCGUACAUUUGUUUGAAAUAUUUCGGCUUGUCGUUCCAGAACGGGGAGAUACAGACGAAAAUUCAGUUCAGCAAGACGCAGUAUAAUGAUGUACUGAAAGUUUUAAUUCAACUGGGACCACUUGUCGCGACGUGCGCUGUCAUUAUUACAUUCCUCAAAACCAUCAUUUCCAAUCAAAUUACGAAAGCGGAACAUCUUUUCACAAAAUUGCUUCAAAUUUUGAAUUUGCUCGUGUUUACGAUUGUGGCUAUCGGAAUAAUUGCUUUGAGUACAGUUCCCCAUGGAAAUAUCACGCCAUCAACUAAUAUCACGGAGACACCUAUGGGCAAAUAUUACCGCACGAUCCACCCGUUCAAGAUAAUCAACGAGUACGGUCAACAUUUGCGUAAAAUGCGCCCAAAACGCAUGGAAAUCAUCUUCGAGCACGCUCAAUCUCGCGACGGACCGUGGAACGAAUAUCCCUUCCUCUACAAGCCCUACGACGUCAGUUUGCCGAUGCCCUUCUCGGGUCCCUAUUUCCCACGUCUCGACUUUAAAUUGUACGAAUCUGCCGAUUCCACGUAUUGGCACGAAGUUUGGAUGAAUUCCCUCGCCUACCGAUUACUGCAAAACAAGAAGGAUGUCCUCGCACUCUUUGGCGUCAAGCAAAAAAUUCGACCGGAACCCGUAUUCGUCAGAGCAGCGUUGUACAAAUUCAAAUAUAGCGCAUACACAAACGGCGACGGGCCAUAUUGGGUUCGUCAAUAUUACGCUGAUUACUUCCCGCCCUUGGCACUCAAUGACACUGCAUUGCACGCGCAAAUGAAAAAGUUGCAGAUCCCGUUGGCCGGUUUCCGGGACAAGGUGAAUCACAACAACGUGAUUAAACAGUUCAUUGAUAUGAUUCGGAAUCAAAUGGCAGCGCUCGAGGGAAGUUUCUUCAUUUUUGCCAUUAUUUCGUCGGCAUUUGCGAUUCUCAUUGCACAAAAGACAUUCUCGUAAAUUAUUUUUCGGGAGAUCAAAUUUUGUUUGUUCCUUUUGUUUCCGUCGAAUAUCCAAUCCUUUGAUAUUAAUAAUGAUAAAGAAAAUUAAAUAGCUGUAGGUUAAAAGUAAAAAACAAAAAAUACUUCGUGAUAAAUGUCGUCGUCACUUUAAAUCCAAAUAUCGAGUGAGUUUUUAACAAAAAAAUAAUGAAAAUACCUCUUUAAAGGGUCCAAAAGGCCUGAAAUUCUCUUGAGACAGUUGGAAUCAGAGUAAAAAUGUUUCACAUUUCAUCUUUUUCCCAAAUAUUUGAAUUUUUCCUAUAGAAAUGGG